GAUACCACAAUAAAAACUAAGAUUAUUGUCUAAGAAAUUUUGUGUUGACUCAUCUCUCUCAUUUCAAACACUUAUCCUUCUGCUGCAAAGAUGAAGAAUCCAUAUCUUUUGGCUAUUUUCCUUGUUGGCGCCCUCGCUUUACAAGAUACAAAAAGCAGGGAAGAAGAAAGACUCACUUUUAUAGACAAAAGGCUUGAAGUGGUGUACCCAGUGAUCCAGGGAUUCAAGUCACUCAUCACUCUCGACCCGUUCAAGGUAACACAGACAUGGAUAGGUUCAGACAUUUGCAGUUACAGAGGCUUUCACUGUGACAAUCCUCCGGACAACAAAACCGCUGUCACUGUCGCUUCCAUCGAUUUCAAUGGCUUCCAGCUCUUUGCUCCCUCCAUCGAAGGAUUCAUCGAUCAACUCCCAGACUUAGCUCUGUUUCAUGCAAAUUCAAACAACUUCGGUGGUACUGUCCCUUCCAAUAUCGUUAAUCUCAAGUAUCUCUAUGAACUCGACAUCAGCAACAAUAAAUUCACCGGUCAGUUUCCGACCGCGGUAGUUGGCAUGCCUGGUUUGACAUUUCUUGACAUCCGCUUCAACUCUUUCUCCGGUUCAAUCCCACCACAAAUCUUUGGCCAGAACCUCGAUGUUCUCUUCAUUAAUGACAACACCUUUACUGCGAGCCUCCCGGAGAUACCUGGCGAUAGUCACAUCCUUUUUUUAACUUUAGCAGACAAUAAGUUCAACGGUCCUCUCCCGAGAAGCAUCCUAAGAUCUAUGACAACGUUAACCGAGGUACUUUUCUUGAAUAACGACUUUACGGGUUGUAUCCCUUACGAAAUCGGGUUACUCAAGGGAGCAUCAGUUAUCGAUAUCAGUGGAAAUAAGCUCACAGGUCCUUUACCCCUUUCACUUAUGUGUCUAGAGAAAGUGGAGCAGCUCAACUUUGCUAGGAAUCUCUUGUUUGGGGCAAUCCCAGAUGCAGUGUGCAUGUUCCUCCCGGAGAAUCUUGUCAACUUAUCCUUGUCUGAUAACUAUUUCACACACGUGGGGCCAUGGUGUAAGAUUUUGGUUGAAAGAGGUGUUCUUGAUGUUAGGAAUAACUGCAUUCCUUUCUUCCCAGGACAAAGAUCUAUUGAAGAAUGUGCGGAGUUCUUUGUCAAACCUAAUCACUACUGUCCUCACGCAUGGUUUCAUAGUUUUCUUCCUUGUAGAUAUUCUCACAUAUCUUCUUCCUCUGCUAGUGAUUUUAUGCCCAUGGUGGCUCCCUCACCUUGAUGUUCAUCAUCAUAUAUCAGCGUGUUUGAUCUCUUCAUUGUAAUGAAAAUAAUCGAAUUA